UAAGAGCCACACACAUCAAGUCAAGAAUAUAUGAUACAUAGAGAAUCAUUUCCAUCACCAUAGACCUCUUGUUUCUUCAACCUAGGAACUCAAAAAUCGCUACAACCAGAUAAAACCCCUACACCCUUCAAUAUCCCACCAAUACCUACCCGACGCUUGUUAAUCCCACCAACCUGAAUCCUUUUCAAGGUUAUCCACGUUACCAAGAAAAAAUGGAAGCUGAUCUUCUACAAAACCCUAAUCGUGCUCUCUUAAACACAACAACAAGAACCACUCAGAGUUCUCUCUUAAGAGGUUGUCUUGGAAGUCUUGAUGGAGCAUGUAUAGAGAAGCUUCUACUUCACUGUGCAAGUGCCUUGGAAAGCAAUGAUGUAACUUUGGCUCAACAAGUGAUGUGGGUUCUCAACAAUAUAGCUUCUUUGGUUGGUGACCCAAAUCAAAGACUCACUGCUUGGUUCUUGAGGGCUCUCAUUGCUAGAGCUUCUACGGUUUGUCCUCCGACAUCUAUUAACGACAAUAAUUUUGAUGGCAGCAGCACAAUUAUUCAAAGGAGGCUAAUGACUGUGACUGAACUAGCCGGGUACGUUGAUCUAAUCCCAUGGCAUCGGUUCGGAUUUUGUGCCUCGAAUGGUCUAAUCUUCAAGGCAAUUCAAGGAUUCAAUAAAGUUCAUAUCUUAGAUUUUAGUAUCACUCAUUGUAUGCAAUGGCCUACUCUUAUUGAUGCACUAGCUAAAAGGCCUGAAGGUCCUCCUUCAUUAAGAAUCACUGUGCCUUCAAUUAGGCCACCAGUCCCUCCUUUGGUAAAUGUUUCUAUCGAAGAAGUUGGUCUCCGGCUAGCGAAUUUCGCUAAGUUUAGAGACGUUCCAUUUGAAUUCAAUGUGAUUGAAAGCAAGGACUUCAUCACUAGCUUUGAUUUUGAAUCACUGAUGAAUGUUACAUAUCAAGAGGAUGAGGCUUUGGUGAUUAAUUGUCAAAAUUGGAUUCGAUAUUUGUCCGAUGAGGAGCAUCGGAACAAUAUUGUCGCUAGCGAUGUUGCAUCGCGUGAUGAUUUCCUUGCGGUAAUCAAAGGAUUAAACCCUUGUCUUGUAAUUGUGGUUGAUGAGGAUUCUGAUUUGAGUGGACCAAGUCUCGCAUCAAGAAUUACAGCUUGUUUUAACUAUCUUUGGAUACCAUUUGAUGCACUUGAGACCUUCUUGCCUAAAGACAGUCGACAAAGGAUCGAAUUCGAGUCCGAUAUUGGGCGGAAAAUUGAGAACAUCAUAAGCUUUGAAGGAGGCCAAAGAAUAGAGAGAUUAGAGUCAGGGAUUAAGCUAUCACAAAGGAUUAGAAACAAUGGUUUUUCAAGUGUUCCAUUUUGUGAAGAGAUCGUUAAGGAAGUUAAGGGUUUAUUAGAUGAAAAUGCAAGUGGGUGGGGUAUGAAGAGAGAAGAAGACAUGUUGGUUCUCACAUGGAAAGGUCACAACUCAGUUUUUGCAACAGCUUGGGCCCCAAGUCCAUGUGGUUCGUAUGUGGAUUAAGUGGGUUUGGACUUGUUCCUAGAUGGGUUUGGUUGGUUGGUUGGGUUCAUGGUUGGAGUGGUCCAGGUGAAAGACCAGAGACAAAAGGUUGAGCUGCCUUUUCAAAGGCUGCAAAAAAUGUGGACAAGACAAGAAGGAAAACGGCAACUUCUUUGGAGUGACUUUAAGUUCCACAUUUUUAUUUAGUAUAUGAGACAAUAUCCUGUAUCACUUUGUUUUUUCCCAAUCUAGUUAGUCGAUUCUCUGUU